AUGACGUCUCUCGACUUCAAGGUGCCCAUUGAACCUCUCAGCGCUCCAGUAGUUGGACAAGAUGGUUACACGGGUCUUAACCCGCGCUCAGAAACCCUUCCAAAGGGCUGGAAACACCCUCACCCAGACUCCCGUCCUCUGCCCUGUGACAUUCUGGUAGACCAUGACGUCGCCAUCACCGUCCGCGACGGUACAACACUAUAUGCAGACAUUCUCCGCCCACCCAACACCAUAGAGAAAGUCCCUGCGUUGAUCUGUUGGUCCCCCUUCGGCAAGAAAUUCAAUGGCCUCAUGUCCCUGGACUACAUGACACCAUGGAAGCUCGGGAUGCCAUCAGGCACGCUCUCCGGCCUCGAAAAGUUUGAAGCCCCGGACCCGGCGGACUGGGUGCCUCGCGGAUACGCCAUCGUCAAUGUCGACACGCGGGGGACGUUCGACAGUGGUGGCACAAUGGUCAUCAUGGGUGCGCAGGAGGCUGAAGACGGCUAUGACACGAUCGAGGCAGUCGCUAAGAUGGACUGGUGCAACGGGAAAGUCGGUCUAGCAGGGAACUCGCACCUCGCCAUCGCGCAGUGGUUCAUAGCCGCCCUCCGACCGCCCAGUCUGAAAGCUAUUGCUCCGUGGGAGGGGUGCGGAGAUUUGUACCGCGAGCAGUUUGCGCGAGGCGGCAUCUAUGCCGGAGACUUGUUCGACGAGCUCAUCGUCAAGCACAUGCUCAAGGGCCGCAACGGCCUCGAAAGCUUCCGGGAGAUGUAUCAAAAGCAUCCGCUCGCCAACGCGUGGUGGAACGAUAAGAGACCCGACAUGAAGAGAAUUAACGUCCCGACGUAUAUCACUGGUACGUGGACGAACACGAUGCACGGAAUGGGUGCCAUCAGGGCUUGGUUGGAGGUUGACACGGCGGAUAAAUGGCUGAGGUGGCAUCCGUGGCAGGAGUGGUUUGACCUCUGGGGUAAUCCGCAGGCCAAGGAUGAACUUUUUGCCUUUUUCGACCAUUACCUUAAGGACGUCAAUAAUGGGUGGGAACAGACGCCGAAGGUGAGGAUGGCACUGCUGAAGUUUGGGAACAAAGUGCCGCAGGCAAUUGAGAACAUUGUCGAGGAGGAGUUUCCGCCGGCGAGGACGCAAUAUAAGGUGUUCCACCUAGGGGAAGGAGAGCGUCUGCUUGAGAAGAAACCAGAGAAGACGAUUAAUGUCAGCUAUGAUUCGACGUCUGGCGACAGCGUCGGUUUCAAGUAUACCUUUACCGAGACAACGCGCAUCAUGGGGUUGCCCAAGGCAGUCCUGUACAUGUCCUGUUCUGACCACGACGACAUGGAUGUGUACGUCAUGAUACAGAAGCUCGACAAGGACAGCAAGCAGAUGAAGAACCUCAAUAUCCCCUGGAAAGGCAUUCCUGUCAAGUCGUUUGACGAGUUUACGCCCGAGCAGGAAACGGAAGUUGUACUCUAUAAGGGCCCCGUCGGGAUAUUACGUGCUUCACAUCGUGCUAUCGAUGAGGCUAAGAGCAUGCAUCCACAUUGGCCGUAUCAUCAGCAUGAAAAUGAGGAAAAGAUUGAGCCAGGAACGGUAGUGAGAUUGGACAUUGGGAUCUGGGCUACUGGGAUUGAGUUUGAGGCUGGAGAGAGCCUCAACGUUGUUGUCAGUGGUCAGAGUUUUGCAGUGAAUAACUUUGGAAAGGAUCAUGGGCUGAAUCGGGGACAUCACAUUGUGCAUUUAGGAGGGGAAUAUGCGAGUCAUGUGGUUCUCCCUUUCGUGUAG